AUGCCUUCUCGGAAGACCAAAAAGUCUCGUUCUCCCGCCGCACGCCUAGAAUCUCAGCAAGAACUCGAGAGUUUGCUUGGCUAUGCCUUCAAAGACCCUAGGCUACUCCAAGAGGCGCUUCAGUCGGCCGGGAAUGGUGUUACCAAGAUCGGGGACCACGGAAUCCUGGAUGGGAACAAGAGACUCGCAAUGUUGGGAGACGGAAUUUUGAGCACCGUCAUUCUUUGCAACUGGUACCACAAGAGACACGAGACUCGCUGUACCGGUAGUCGAGACAUGGCCCAGCUCGCAUGCAACCGUCACCUGGUUCAAUGCGGUCGGAACUGUGGCCUCGAGAAAUACAUCAACAAGCAUCGCGCCUUCGUUAAUGGAGAGGUUCCGCCUGUCACCAUGAGUGCCACCGUUGAGGCCUUAAUCGGCGCUGUCUUUCUUGACUCGGGAAAAAGGCACGACGCCGCUGAGCUUGCGAUGAAGGGCCUGGGUGUGAUCUGA